UACUUUUCUACUCCAAUCCCAAAACAGAAAAAGAAAAAGAAAAAAAAAAACUGUUUUCUCCAACUUCUAACUACUCUAGAACUUUCACUGUUAACUCAGUUAGUUCACUUCAGAUCAAGACUUUUUAUCCGGGUUUUCAUAUCUGUUGUUCUUGCCAAGUUUUCCGAGAAAAUCGUCUUCUGGGUGUUGUCAAUUUUCUGACUCAAGGAAUUUUCUUCGAUGCAAUACAACUGGGUUUUUUGUUAAGCUGGAGAUCGAUUCUUGGGAAAAUCUAGUGUUUGUGCCUAAUGAUGCCCGGAAGAAGAAAAAAAUGGACGGAGGCGGAGGAGAGAACCCUGAUUGAUAAGUAUGGUGAGAUGGUCUCUGAUGGGACCCUUGCGAAGAUGAAAACAAGAGAGAAGAAGUUUAAGCCUAUUGCCUCUUAUGUGAACUCCAUUCAUCAUGUUCAAGAUCCUAUUGCCCAUCCAUGGCAGUGGUCUUGGAAGGACGUUUCUACUAAGGUUCAGAACAUGAGGCACCAGUAUUUGUUGGUGAAGCAGAAGAUUAAGAAACAACCACUUGAGUGUAAUAAUUCAAGUGGUGGUGGUGGUGGUGGUGGUGGGGAGUGUAGUGGGGGGGAGGAGUUUGAUUGGGUCGAGGGGCUUUCACAUUGGUCAAAUUUCUUGAGAUAUAAGGAGGUUUUCGGGGAUGUUGGGGUUGUAACUAGUAAUGGUAAUGAUCUAAUGGCUGUUGUGAAUGGAGAAGGCGACAGUGGUGGAGGGUUUGUUGGAGGUGGCAUGGGGCUUGUGGAGUUUGGACAAUUGGGUCAUUCUGGAGAUGGGGAUUUUGGAGCAGGGAUUGAUGGGGUUGAGAAUGGGGUGAUGGGUUUAGGUUUUGAGUAUGAUGGGGAGGAGGCAGAGGGUAAUUAUAAUGGAAAUGGCCGGGUUCGGGAGGAUGGAGAUGAUGGUUUUGUGUACGAAGAAAUGGAGCCAAAUGGUAACAAUUUGAAUAGAAAGAAAAGAAAGAAAAAGGUAUUGAAGGGGAUGGGGAGGAGGACCUGGGGGCUUCUUGGAAUCCAGUUAGGGAAGUUGAGGGAAACUGAAAAUCGGUUUGAGCACCGCGAGGUGGAAAGGGAACGGGAAAGGCAAAGGAGAGAGAGUCUCAGGAUGGACCGCGAGCGAGAAUGGGAACAAAGAUGGGUUGAGAGGGAAAAGAAAAAGGAUGAGAAGGAGAAGUGUAGGGAGAAGUUGCGUAUGCAGAGGAUUCAAGAGUUGGAAGUUAUGGAGAACGAGAGUGAAGAGAGGGAAAGAAGAAGAAGAGAAGAGGAAUUAAUUCAUGAGAGGGAAUGGGAGGAGAGGAUGAAUAGGAGGAGAUUAGAGUGGAAGACAAGGAUUGAUGAGAUGUUGAGUCAGCACCGGGCAGAAAUGGGCCAGAUGCAGUCCCGAAUUCUUCACGAGCAGCAAAGCCUUACCAGCCAGUUACUUGGGAUUGUGUCUCAGUGGACUACUCAUCCAGCUGCACUUUCUGAUCAUACUAGCGCCAGCAAUCAUUAUCUUUCACAAAUGAUGCAGAAUCUGCACCAUGUGAACAGCUUGGUUCACGACGAUGCUAGGGUCGAGGCUGAAAAUCAAGAUGACCAAUUCAUUGUUGAUGGAUGAUGGCGUUGCCUGGAACACUGAUUUGCUCAAGUAUGCAAGAAAGUUUGCAUUAGAGAAGUAUAAAGGUCAGCUGAUUGUUAAAUGGAUUCUUAUAUAUAUGUACUUUACAUUAGAUAAUGCUGUACACAGAUCUGUUCAGUAUGAAUGCUCUCUAAUAAGGACCAGAAAUUCACUCUAUGCAUUUUUCAUGUAAACCAUAUUAUCUAAAAUAAAUAAUUUUUCCCCAUCUUA